GAAGACAAGAUGGUGAACAUGAUGAUAAGAGCUAACUUUCUAUUAUUGUUUCUUUUGAUAGCUUUUGCAUCAAGUUCAGUGAAUUCUCAGUUACUUUUCCAGGGAUUCAAUUGGGAGUCAUGGAAAAAGGAAGGAGGGUGGUAUAACUCUUUGAAGGAUCAUGUGGCUGAUAUUGCUUCUACUGGAGUUACUCAUGUCUGGCUUCCUCCACCUUCACAUUCUGUUUCCAACGAAGGUUACAUGCCAGGAAGGCUAUAUGAUCUGGAUGUAUCAAAAUACGGAAACCAGAAUGACUUGAAAUCAUUGAUCCAAGCAUUCCACAACAAAGGAAUCAAAACUGUAGCAGACAUCGUCAUAAACCAUAGAUGUGCAGAUAAAAAAGAUGGCAGAGGCAUAUACUGCAUCUUCGAAGGUGGUACUCCAGACAGUCGUCUCGACUGGGGCCCGACCAUGAUUUGCAGGGAUGACACCGCAUAUUCUGAUGGCACCGGCAAUCUAGACACCGGUGAAGGCUUUGCAGCAGCUCCAGACAUUGAUCACCUCAACAUCAGAGUGCAAAAUGAGCUCUCAGACUGGUUGAAUUGGCUAAAAUCUGACGUUGGUUUUGAUGCUUGGAGGCUAGAUUUUGCCAAGGGAUACUCAGCAGAUAUUGCAAAGAUAUACGUCGAUCGAACCAAGCCAGAUUUCGUGGUUGGAGAGAUUUGGAACUCAUUGGCAUAUGAUGGUUCAAAGCCUGCAUAUAAUCAAGAUGCACAUAGGAAUGAUUUGCAAAGGUGGGUGAAUGCAGUGGGUGGUCCUACUACAGCAUUUGAUUUCACAACCAAAGGCAUCCUUAAUUCUGCAGUCCAAGAUGAAUUAUGGAGAUUGAAAGAUUCCAAUGGGAAUCCACCAGGAUUCAUUGGGAUUUCACCAGAUAAAGCAGUCACCUUCAUUGAUAACCAUGAUACUGGUUCUACUCAGCGGUAUUGGCCUUUUCCUUCUGAUAAAGUCAUGCAAGGCUAUGCUUACAUUCUCACACAUCCUGGCAUCCCAUCCAUUUUCUAUGACCACUUCUUUGACUGGGGCUUGAAGGAGCAAAUAAAUGCAUUGACAAAAAUCAGAUUUAGGAAUGGAAUUAAUCCAAGAAGCAAGACCAGGAUCAUAACAUCAGAUGGUAAUCUUUACUUGGCAGCAAUUGAUGAGAAAAUCAUCACUAAAAUUGGGUCAAGAUAUGAUGUUGGCAAUCUGGUUCCUUCCAAUUUCCGAAUUGCCACAUCAGGGAAUGAUUAUUGUGUAUGGGAGAAAGCAUGAUUUGAAUGCUGAGCUUUUUCAUCAUAAAUAUUUAUAUAAAUAAAAGCUUUCUUCUAUAUUAGUUAC